GACUUAUACCAACAUUUCUUUUCUUGUACAGGAGUUUCAAGAUGGGCGCCAAAGUGUGUGGCAUCUCAUGUCGGCACCGGCAUACUGAGACUGUUGACAUCAGUCAGUCUUUUGAAUUUUUGGGGCCCUCGGUAAGUAUGGGUAAGUAUCUUUUGGAUGCAAAGCAGGAGCUGCUAAUAACCAUCCAGAAAGAAAUGCGGAUAGCAGCAGGGGCAGAAAAGCUGUUCCGUGUCACCAAGGACAGGAAGACUAGAGCCCGGGUGAAGGAGCUGAGGAACAGCAGCAAGAAAAAGGUGAAAGACCUUUACACCUCUCUCCACAAGCUGAAUGAGGAGAUAGUGCAGUGGAGGGAAGAAGAGAAUGCUCCAGGUGAGAUAUAACAGUCUCUGGCCUCUUUCCAAUUGCCAUAAUGUGGAACCUGUGUGCCAU